AUUUUUACUGGUGAUUGGAAAAAUCCGUGUAGUUAAAAACAGAUCUGGAAAAGUGUUUAAACGAGACUUUUAACGUGAAAAGUGUGGAGUGAGAUUUCAAAAUGGCGACGUAAACAAACCAGCAGCGUUUCUGAUCAUUUCAUUCACAAUGGCAAUCCCUAUCGCGAUCCUGGACUGUGACCUGCUGCUCCACGGCCGCGGACACAAAACUCUGGAUCGCUUUGACAUCGAAUCCGUAUCAGAUGAAUUUCUGUUGACGACAUUUGGUUUCCCACGCGAGUUCAUCUAUUACUUGGUGGAGCUGCUGAAGGACAGCUUGCUAAGACGCACACAGAGGUCACGAGCGAUCAGCCCAGAUGUUCAGAUUCUUGCAGCUUUGGGUUUCUACACAUCAGGCUCCUUUCAGAGCAAGAUGGGCGACGCCAUAGGUAUCAGUCAGGCCUCUAUGAGUCGCUGUGUCUCUAACGUCACCAAAGCUCUGAUGGAGAAAGCCCCAGAGUUCAUCGGCUUCACCAGGGACAAAGCCACCGAGCAGCAGACUAAAGAAGAGUUCUACAGAGUGGCAGGGAUUCCUGAUAUUUUAGGAGUUGUAGACUGUGCGCACAUAGCAAUAAAAGCCCCGAAUGCUGAGGAUUCAUCGUAUGUUAAUAAGAAAGGUUUCCACUCCAUUAACUGCCAACUGGUUUGCGAUGCCCGAGGGUUGCUGCUGAGUGCCGAGACACAUUGGCCUGGCAGUCUGACAGACAGAUCUGUUUUUAACCAGUCUAGUGUUUGCAAGCUGUUUGAGGAACAAAUGAAUCACGAGGGCUGGCUUUUAGGAGAUAAUCACUAUCCUCUGCUAAAGUGGUUGAUGACCCCGGUCCCGAAUCCCGAGACUCCGGCAGAUUACCGCUACAACCUGGCUCACGUGACCACGCACGAGAUCAUCGACCGCACGUUCCGCGCUCUCCAGACACGUUUCCGAUGCCUGGAUGGAGUCAAAGGCUAUCUGCAGUACUCGCCUGAGAAGUGUUCUCACAUCAUCCAAGCCUGCUGCGUCCUCCAUAACGUCUCGCUGCAGUCCGGACUGGACGCCUGGACCUUCGAGAGGACUGAGGCCACUGACCAAUCAGAAGAGAGAAACUAUCCAACAGAAAAAGUUGACCUGGAGGCACUGAGAGUCCGUCAGGAACUGAUCCAGAAUCACUUUAGCUAGAGCUGAGCUGGGACAGAACCACAGAAGUGUGUGAAGACGAUUUAGAAGCAGCGAGAGGCAUCUAUCGUCAACCUAAACGUGUUGAUUUGUGUGUCUGUAUGAUGUGUUGCAGAGUCUAAACAAAUACUAAUACAUUAAUUGGAAUGAACAGAUAAUGUGUACUUUUCUUUAUUUAUGUAUGUAUUUAUUUAUACUCUUCAGAGGGGGAAAAACACA